CGGUCUACGUUCGGUUGUGCUUCCGAUAUGGGAUGUUUCUGUGCCGUGAUGAGCGAUACCAAUCAUGGAUGCGCGGAAUCUGGGGAAGACGUUGAUGGAUGAGAUCGAAGAGGUCGGUCUGGACGAGAGAUAUCAAUGCUCUACAACACGACGCCUCAUGGUUCGGAUGGCCUGCAUUGAACAAUGUCAUCAGAUCGGCCUUUGACUGUCGACGCCCGCCGGCGAAUUCACGAUCAUCGACUUCAUUCGUGCUGGAAUUGAUGUCGCUUGCACCCGGAGGCGGCAAGACUCAUAUUCUCUAUCAUCUCACUGCCAAAGCUGUCCUCUGCAAAGACCAUGGCGGCGCGCAUGCCUGUGUGGUCAUUGUUGACCUCGAUGGGAAGUUCUCAAUAUCACGACUGGCAUCACAAAUCAGGCAUGAGAUUUCUCAGGCCAGCAGCAGCAGUAGCAGCGCCAAUUCACACCUCGACAUCGAUCAAGUCAUCCUCGCCGCAUUGGACCAUGUACAUAUCCUCCGCCCGGAGACGUUGUCCUCCACAACCGCGACCGUCCGUUCGAUCCCAUCAUACCUCUUCAACGCCCGGGCACAUCGCUCCUUCGACCGGGAGCUCGCAUUCGUCGCCCUCGACUCCCUCUCCGCCUUCUACUGGCAGAACAGAUCCGAAACAGAGCAUGCGGACCUGCUCUCCUCUACCACCGCAGGCAUGCGGCCCGUCCAGCAACAUCCAGCCAACUACGCCCAACUGGCAGGUGCCACGCAAUCCCUGAUGAAAGCGCUGCAAUGUCCCAUCGUGAUCACCACGCGCCAUCAGGGCCCGCCGAAGAAACCCAGAAAUCCCGGCGAGCAAGCACCAGAGCCCUUCUCAUUCCGAUCACCGCUCCCUCCGCCCUGGGGGACGCUCCCCGUGCUACGCUUGGUCACGAACCGCGUCGCCGUGCGCAAGGUCGCAGCAUUCGCAACCCUCGCGGAUGCGCAACGCGAAGCACAGAACCGCCAAGCGGUCGUCGAACAAGGCCGCUUCGAAUGCUUCGUGAACGAACAUGGGCUCGAGGAGAGCACGGCGGCGAAAAUGCGGGCUUUGAACACCACACUGGGCUUCUUUGUCCGGGGGGAGGGGCUGACUUUCGUCGAAGCACCCGCAAAGGGGGAAACAUGAGACCGUGCGAUGUCUGUCGUGGACCCGAAGGUUGUGCAUUUCCUACAGCUGUUCUAUCAUACUGCCUGCCUUUUGUGUGCGUCUCCGUUGCUUUGCACCUCCCACCGGAAUUCGGUGCUAUCCUCAGAAGAAUAAUUCAUGCAUGCGGAAGUAUACACCGCAUGCUACUGCAGAUUCACACAUAUGCGAGGCAUUGUCAUCGAUGCCAAAUUCCCCCCUGCCGAACCGCCCCCGUGCGCCCGUG